UUGAUAAUGGAAGAAGAAGGAUUCUAUACUAAUUUGAUGAAUGAGGGCAACGAUUCCUUAGAUUGGGAUAGUUUGAGUAGUAUGCCUGUGGAGGAUGAUAUGAGUAACCAGCUUGAUGAGAAUGGCAUGAGUAGCGAGCCUGUCACGCAGCAGUUCCCAACUGCUGAGAGGACUACCGUGGCUAGACCAAAUCAAAAAAGAUCGAAGAAUUUUAGCGAACAAGAAGAUAAGAUACUUGUGUCGGCGUGGUUGCAUGUAAGUUUGGAUCCAGUGCUAGGCACAAAUCAAACUCGUGCUGCAUAUUGGACUAGAAUAUAUGAGCACUUCUACAAAACGAGUAAAUCCACACCAGAUCGCAGCCAAAAUUCACUUAUGCAUCGUUGGAAAACUAUACAAGAGAAUGUCAACAAGUUUUGUGGACAUCUGAGCCAGAUUGAGGGUAGAAGGCAAAGCGGGGUUAGUAUACACGACAAGGUAAUACAUAGUUAUGUAGCUUGUGUUUUUAUGUUACUUUAUAAAUAAAAAUGUGAUGUUUGCUAACUACAUUCACCAUACUUGACUU